AUGUAACCUUACUACGAUAAAGACACUGACGAUGAAUGUAAAUUUAAUAAAAAUCCAAUCUUAGCUUCCGAUAAUGCUUCGGUUGAAGGAAUGAUAAAUAGGCCAUAGACAGCUCCUCCGAGUCCAAUUACAGAACUUGAAGAAUUCAAAAGGUUUUUGAUUCAAUCAUAUUAUAGAUAAGACGAAUUUAUUAUUUUGGAUAGGGCUUAACGUUACUAAAUUAAAUUAAUUUAAAGAGAUUUUCAUAAAUAUGAUCUGGAUAACCCUGAAGGUUAGCGAAGUUGUAAAAAAUACUUAAAAAUAUUAGAGGAAAUGUGCAUAGUAUUUGUUUACUUUUAUAUUCUUUCUAGAUUUAUCAAGUCAAAACUUUAUCAAGAGAUUACAGAAAUACCUUUUCUAAGGCUUAUAAGAUCUUGUACAAGGAGGAUAGAUUAUGUUAUCUUCCAGAAAUAUUAGAUAGUGCACAGGAAGGUUUUUGUUACCUAAUUAUUUAAUAGGUUUUCCAUAUUUAUGGGUCAAUUCAGAGAAAUUUGUAUUUUCACAUGAUGUGCUUUCCAAAGGAUCUAAAUUAAUAGAACUAUUUUAUAAAGUUUAACAUAUAAUUAGACUUUCAUUCACAAGAACACUAAAAGAAAGUCCUGAUUUCUCAUCAAAACAAUUGAAACAAGAUAUCGUGAGUAUUCUAGAAGAUUUCGACUAGAUUUGGGUUGAUUUUGAAAAAGUAAAGUUUUAAAUAUAUUUUGUAGCUCUAUGUGAAAGAAUUGAUGGACAUCGAAGCAAAAGCCAGAAGGUUUAUUCUCUUAGCAAUAGAAAUUGAUAAAGAGAUGACAUCUAUUGAGAUUAGGGAAAAAUUAAGAGGUAAAAUCCUAGUAACUAGUGAAAACUAUAUUUAAAAAAAAGAACAAGUAUAGAUUUAAUUUACAAUUACAAGUUCUGUAAAGUAAUUGCUUAAAUCAAUUCAGUUGCCAAUGUAGAAGGGAAAGGAAGAGACGACUUAGGUAUUAACAUACUUUUGGAAGCAGAAGGAAUCACAAGAAGAGUGACAAAAGAGCAAUCGAGUGCUGUUCGUAAUCUAGCUGAUAGUAUCAAAGCAAAGUAUUUCUAAACUUGAAAUUAGUUUCUAGAAGUUUCGAGAAUAAAUGAGAAAAUAUGAAGGAAAUAUAGAGAUGGUAGACCCCUAAUUGAAAAACAAUUAAGAACUUGUGGAUUUAUUAGUAGAAUAUGAAUCAUAGUGGGAAAAAGGACUCUAUUAUUUAUUAGACCCUACAAAGUGUUAAUAAUUGAUGUACUUUUCACAUAUAAUUGAAACUACUGCAGAGAAAUAUUAAUAAUUUUAAGAGUAAUUAGAAUGCAGAGAUUCUGAUAUCUUUGUAACAAUACCUUGUUUGAUUGCCUUGAAAUACUUAGAAAAUGAGGAUAGGAAUAUUUGCAUUUAUUUCUUACCGACCCUAAAAGAGGAAUCUUCGAAAUUAUUUCAAUACUAUGCUUAAUUAAAGAAUUAAUUCUUAGAAUGGAGAAAUUUACAUGCGAAAUAAUAUGAAUAUUAUAACAUUUUAGAAAAAUAGUUAUUAGGAAUACCCCUAAAUGAGAAAGAACUAAUUGCACUAUAAAAUUUCAAAUUAGAUAAUAUUAUGUAAAAAAUUCGAUAAAUGUCUAUUGAAUUAUAAAGAUAUAAUGCAAUAGAAUGGAAUUACUUUAUUGAUGCAGCCAUCAACAAUAAUUGA